AUGCAUUCGGUCCAGACAGGCAUGUGGGACCCCCGGUCCCUAUCUAAACAUGUCUCGCCACUCCCCCCGCCGCCCCUCACCAACUCCCGCCUCACCCGCGUGACCAAAGCCACCCCGGCCAAGCGGAUCACCUUCUACAAAAGCGGCGACAGUCAGUUCGGGGGCGUAAGGAUGGCCAUCCACAAGCGUAGCUUCAAAUGUUUCGACACCCUGUUGGAUGACCUUUCUCAAAAGGUGCCACUGCCAUUUGGUGUGCGGACUGUGACCACUCCCCGUGGCCUCCAUGCCAUCAAACACCUGGAGCAGCUCCAGGACGGUGGCUGUUACCUCUGCUCUGACCGGCGCCACGCUAAGCCAAUCAACAUGGAGAUGGCCAGUAAACGCCCAAAUAUGUGGACCAACCACAGCCGGAGACCCCAGCGGCCUGAAGUCUCACCCACAACACCACCCGGCCAUUUGCCUUACAGGCAGCGGCGGAUCCUUCUGGUAAAGAACAGCGAGCCAGGGAUGAGGAGGAGUGUGGUGUUGAGCAGGAGGUCGACCAGGAGUCUGAGGGCAUUUCUUGAUGAGGUGUCCGAAGUGAUGCAGUUUCAUGUCCGCAAGCUCUACACUCCGGAGGGACGAAGGAUUGACAGCAUUCAGACCCUGAUGACUUCUCCCCCUGUUUUGGUGUGUGUUGGCCGGGAAGCCUUCAGUCCACUGCUAGUAAACUAUAUCAGGAAGAGCUCAGAGGAAAAACUGCCUGGCUUGGGCACCAGGUCCCCUGGUCUUGGCCCCAGGACUCCUGGAAAUGGAGCCAAAUCCCCUGCUACUCAAGGUCCAAGAUCUCCACCUCAUGGAGCUCAGUCAAGGGCCAGCGAGUACAGUGAAGGACAUGAGAGCAAAAAAAGUGUUAACUUUGGUCUGGAAACCAAAAAGAGCAUCAUCCACCCUCGUUCUGAUUCCUCAAACCGUUCCGCCCGUUUCUCUUUGUCUUCAGAGAAGUCAUACGGCAAUGGUGUCAGCACACUCUCCCAGGGCAGACCAGCUAUUAUGAAUGAUGACAUUGAAAAGCGUGUCCUAGUCAAUAAAGAUGGCAGCCUCUCAGUGGAGAUGAGGGUGCGUUUUCGCCUCCAAAAUGAAGAGACCUUGCAGUGGUCCACCCAGAUUAAAAGAUCCCCAUCUCUGACCAAUGACUGUUGUCCUAUGAGUCAGGCCCAGCCUCAUUACUUGCAGCAGGGCCAAUCAGAAAGCUGCUCUGACCCUGAUUCCACUACCUUCGAGCCAGAGGUUGUGGAGUAUUCCAGCCAACCUCUGCAGCAUGUGUUGGAAGGGAGUGGCUGCCCCUGCUGCUAUCAGAGGCAGGAACAGCAGUACGACUUGUGGGAAAACCCUGCACACAGCCACAAACAGCGUCCUGCCGCACCCCCGCAUAAAUCCAGCCACACCCAUACUAUGAUGAGACAUACACACUCCUCUAGCUCUUCCUCAUCAUGUAACUCAAGGAGAGUGGUGCGCUGCCGAGCUCAACUCUCCAACUGCGGAGGAGGCUCUGGUUCAGAGCAGAGCCAACUGGUCCAGGAGGAGAUGUGUGUGACAGAGCAGGUUGAACGCAGAGUAGCAGUGGAGCAACAUGGAGACACCCAUGUAGAGGUGUGCAGAGUGAGCCGGUGCUGCAGUCGCAGUGAAGUGCUCGCUAUUGAUAAAAACCUACGGCCAGUUAGCAGGAAAUCAGUUGAGGAUGAGCUAAUGCUGGAGGAAGGUGACCGUCCGCUCUCUGGGAUCAGCAGCUCCUCACAUGUCCUGCAAUCCCUGAAAGAAGACCAGUAUGAUGAGGAUGAUGAUCUCCCACCCAGCGCCUCACAGUGCGGUAAUAGCAAUGAAUCAACACCAUCCCCAAUCUCCCAGACAGGCAAUGACAGGCCAACAGGCAACAUUUUGGCCGGUUCGGUCCACUCUACCAAACACAAGGAGCACAAGGACACUGAAGAGAGAGGAAGCAGAACGGUAUCAGCAGCCUGUUCCUGUCACUGUGGAUCUGCCACCCCAAACUCAACAACUGAAGCAGAUGAAGUGGAUCGAGCCCCCAGCUCCAAGUCCAGAACAAGCAGAGCCUCUUGCAGGUCCACCACAGCCAGGACCCCAAACUCAGAGGAGGGGGCAGCAGAUGAUGAGGAUGAUGAGGUGAAAAAGGUUGUUAGUGGCUUGUCUGGUCACACAGGACUUUCAGCAGGCUCACAGCAGUCAGGAGCACCCAGUGUAAGUCAUAACUGUGGGGGCUGCAAACAUGGGGUCAACUCCAGUUCCAGUAGCAGAGCUUCACAGAGCUCACAUCACACCAACCAAGCCUCUCCAAAACCUGGCUCACCUCCCCAUGACCAAGAGAAUGCCAAUAAUGGCAGUGAGGAGGAUGGCUCUGAUGUGUCGGCUGUGUCAACACAAUCCAACAAAAGUAACCUCACCAACCACGGGCGCUGCUCUCCAAUAUCAAAUGUUGUGGAGGGCAGGGCAUCUCGUGCCAUGUCCAGAACGUCCAAUCUGGAGCCAGCAGAAAAAGAGGAAGAAAGGGCUCCCAGUGCCACCUCAGCCACAAGUCACAGGUCCAGCAGAUCGCAUAAGUCUUGCUGUAAUGGUGCCACUGAUGCCACAACUAAAAAAGAGGAGGAGAGAAGCCCCAGCGCCAUGUCUGCUCAGUCAAACUUGUCUGCCAAGUCCAGCAAGUCUCAAAAGUCCAACAAAAAUGGUACAGUAGAAACUCUUGACAUCAAAACAAGAGAUGAAGCAGAGGGACAGAAUGCUGAAGAAAGAGCAGGUAGCUCCUUGUCAGCCAAAUCUUGUAUUUCGGCAAAGUCCAGUGCUUCAGUCAAGUCUCACAAGUCCAAUUGUCCAUCACGUAUUAGGGUUGCCUCUCCAGCUGACAAUGCAGCUUUGGAAGAGGAUGAAACAAACAAUAGAGCUUGCAAUAGCCUUUCUGUUAAGUCUACCAAGGAAGAAAGACCUGAUAGUGUCCUGUCUGCUAAAUCAGCUAAAUCAGCUAAAUCAACUAAAUCAACUAAAUCAAAUGUGUCAGGAAAGUCCAGCAAGUCCCACAAGUCCACCUGCAGUCAUUAUGUGAGCGAAAUUUCUCCAGGUGCUAAAGUAGCUGAUGAUCCAAUUGAAGAUGCAACAGGACAGGAAGGAGAAACAGAGUUAGAGGACCGAGCAGCGAGCCCCUUGUCUGCCAAGUCUAAUAAAUCCCGUAAAUCCACCAAAGCUUCGCAAAGGUCAACUUCACCCAGGUCAGAGGCUGGAGGAGAUGAGGAAGAAAGGGCAGCAAGUCAAAUGUCUGCCAGAUCAGUUAAAUCUAACACAACUGUCAAGUCCAACUGUAAUGGCAAUGAAAAGGUAGCAGAGGAAGCUGAAGAAGAAGAAAAUGAGAAUGUGGAAGAGGAAGAGGAAGAAGAAGAGGAAACACAGCCAAGACCAGAAAGUGUAGCAUCUGCCAAAUCAGAAAAUGAAGAGAGGCCAGCCAGUGCAGUGUCCUGUAAAUCUAAAAAGUCUCUCUGUAAUAGCAACGCAGAUGAAAACCGAAGCCCCAGCGCUAUGUCUGGGAAAUCAAACACCUCUGCCAAGUCUGCCAAGUCCCAAGGGUCAAAGCACACCCCAGCAUCGCCAAAUACAGAUGAAGCUGUUGUUCCUUCUACGGAGACAAAUGAAGAGGAGAAGCAAGAUGAAAAUCAAGAGCGGGUGGCUAGUGCCAUGUCUGUAAAGUCAAAAUCUUCAGUGAGGUCCAGUACUUCACACAAGUCAAAUUCUAACCAGCAUGUUAAAUCAGUGUUACCUAGUUCAAAUGUUGUCACCAUUAAAACACCAGAAUGGGUUGAUGAGGAAGGAAAUGAGACAACAGAGAGACCAACCAGUGCUAUAUCAGCUAAAUCAGGAAAAUCUAUUGCUGUUAUUGAAACAGCAGAUGCAGAUGGAAAGCAAGAGGAAGACAAUGCACCAAAAAUUAAAUCUUCUGAACACUCUAAUGGCCAAACACUUUCACCCAAGGGGACACGAUCAAGAGGACCCAGUGCCUUGUCAGUUCACUCCACAACCUCUGCUAAAUCUGGCAAGUCCAAAUGUCACUGUGGAAAGGCAAAGAAAGAAAAGGAGACGGAGGUCAAGGAAGUGGAGAAGAAAGAAGAGGAUGAGAAGCUAAAAAGCGAGGAUGAUAAAGAGCCUUCAGAUCGAGCAGCCAGUGUCCUGUCUUCCUCCUCCAAAAAAGAGAGAGAAUCAGACGACCCUGAGCCACCACUGAGUCGAAACUCAUCAGGUUCAGUAUCUCUUGGGUUGCCAGAGGACCAAGAAACAGGUGAUUCAGACAGUGGCAAGUCAAAUGUUUCAUUUCACGUUAACACUGGGAGUAAGGGCAGAGUGAAGACCGCAACUCCGGAUGUCCGCAAAAGUACAGGGGAGUCUACUAAAGAAGAUAUGGAGAAAACAGAGUCUGCUAUGUCUCAAAAGUCCAACAUUAAUGGUAGUGGAAGCACUUUGUCUCACAAUCUUCCAGCAGUUGAUAUACCAACUAUUGAAACACCUGGAGGAGGUAACAAUGAAGGUGAAGACGGUGAAGAGCAAAAAACAGAAAGACCAGCCAGUGAACUUUCAGCCAAAAGCAGCAGGUCUCAAAAGUCUUCCCGUAGCUGUAAAGUCAAAGCAGCAGCUCGAUUGGGUGACAGCAAGCCUAAAGAACAACAUUCUAGUGCCAGCCCAACUAAAGCAGGAAAUGACCAUGAAACAGGAAGUGUGAAGUCUGUGUUAACGAAAAAAGCUAACAAUCUGGAUGCAGUUGACAGUAGGACCCCAUCUGCAAUGUCAUCAGCAAGUGCUAAAAUUAGGAGCAAAUCCCCUGCAAGUGCCAGUGCUAAAAAUGCCAGUGUUGCAAAAACACCUGCUGGAGAUUUAACAAAUAAUGACGCUGAAAACAAGGCCUCCAGCAGACCAGCUAGUAAAACCAAGGGGAAAGAUGUCACAGACGACGCGGCCAGUGUCUGCUCAAAGAGUCCCUGUUGCCUCAGGCCUGGGUCUGCAGCUUCAGCUAACUCAGUGUCAAAAAUGAAAGCCUCAAAGCAGAGUAAACAAGAUGAUCCAGUCAUAUCAGAAGAUUUGAAUCCAGUCAAAGGUGACAGUGGUAGUGUCAAGUCUGUUAAACCCUCAAAGCCCUGUCCCUCACACAGCUCCAAGCCAUCCAGCAAAGUAGAGACGUGUAGUGAAAGCACUCUGUGUCACUCUCUGUCCGCUGCUGACCUGCUGAAGGAAACCAUGGCCACUACACGUCCAUACAGUCGACAGUCGAAGGCCAGCGACAAGCCGAGCAGUGAGAAAAGUGGCACGUGUCAGAGAAACAAGAGCCAGAAGGAUCGGAAAGAGCUGGAACGGACACCUGCCUUUCUACCUGACACUUCCCCUAAUGAGGUCGUUAGCGAUUGGCUGCGGAGCAUCCCUGCUAAUGGCAACAUGCUCGCACUUGAUGAUGAGUUGAACGAGGAAGUGCAGGAGGUGAAGGAGAAGGAGGUGGUUGAGGAGAAACCUGGAGAGGAGGUAGCAAAGGAGGAGGAUAGUCAUGACGCUGAGAAAGUAGACGAGGAGGAAGCUGACGCUGACGAGAAAGAGGAAGGAGUUAAAUAUGAUGCAGUGGAGGGGGAGAAGAGCGCAGAUCCAGCUCCAGGUGUUGCAGUGGGGACUUCGGUUCGCAACACCAAUCUUUUGUUGAGUGGUGAUUCUCAGCCAAAGAACUGGCAUUCUUCAGUAGCAGUGAUGAAAGUUCUCCUGGGCUCUUCUCUGAGUCGAUCUCGGAGCAUGCCUGAGGUGUCUCCAGUUUAUGGUCGCAGACUGAGCACAUCAGCCAAGGGCCUCUUGGACUGUCUGGCCCAGCUGCAGCUCAUUGAGCCUGCAGUGAGCCCUGGCUGUGACCCACAAAAGGACCGCAAGCAGCAGUAUGAUGACAUUAUGGCCAUCCUUCAAUCCCUCUGGCUCACAGAUCCAAAGGACAUUGAGGUCAAGAAAAGCAGCAGAGACCAGGUGACUCCACCGAGGUCCUCAUCAGGGGUGGGUAUGAGCAGUGGCUCUAAUGGAUCAGGGAAAGAGAAUGUAAAUCAAGGAGGAGAUGAAAUACCCCCAAAGGAGACAGAAUCUCUACAUGAGGAUGAGGGAGCAGAGAAGGUUGAAGAAGAAAAGGAAGAGGAAGGAAAUGAAGAAGCAGGUGACCAGGAAAUUGAGGCUGAAGCAGAACCAGAACCAGAACCAGAAGAGACAAAACCAGACACAGCGGAGGAACCGGUGCAGAUUGAUGAACAGAGUACAACCCCUCCAAGUCUGGACAGCCCAAAAGCCACUGACAACCCCUCAUCUUCAGACAAGAGCUCUGUUAAUGACAGCUCCAAAUCCCCCACCGAUAACGAGCGAGAGCCAGAGGACUCAAGCUCUGGCACACCCCCAACUGUCGUGCGAGCAUCCUUGUCCAAAAGACUAUCCCAAGACCCUGAUCCAAUGUGGGUCCUGCAACUUCUGAAGAAGCUGGAGAAACAGUUCAUGAACCACUACAUUAACGCUAUGGCAGAGUUCAAAGUUCGCUGGGACCUUGACGACAGCCUAAUCUUGGACACAAUGAUCUCCGAACUGAGAGAGGAGGUGAGCCGGCGCAUCCAGAGCAGCAUCGAACGUGAGAUGAAGAAGAUUCAGAGUCGAGCCGGCAGAGUGGGGAGGUCUCCCCGGCCACCACCAGGGAACCUCUCCAGGGAGUCCACCGUAACAGACAGGAGGCGUCAGAUGUUGAAGGUCAUGAAGAACCAGUCAGUAAAAACUGCCGAGCUCAGUGAUAACGACAUAGCGGGUGAGUUCAGUGACCAGCGAAGCGAAGAUGAGUACUGCCCCUGUGAUGCUUGUGUACGCAAGAAAAUGGCUGAACGACCUUUUGAAAGGAACCCGCUGGCACCUGACGCCCCACUCAUGAUGGAAUUUGACCUCCUUAAGAUACUUCAGUUGAAGAAAAGCCCAUCACCUGCACCUACAGUUUCUACACUACCGGUUGAGGAAAGUGAAAGCAUGGUAGAUGAGGAGGGGAGGAAUUUAGAGGUAGUGCAGGAAGAAGAAGAGGAGGAUGAAACUAAAGAGGAUAUCAAAGCUGAAGUUGUUUUAGAGGAGACUAUCCCAGAGGAGGAUGAGGAAGAGAUGGGAGAGGAGCAGGAGGAAAAUUACGGGGGAGAUGAGGAGCAGGAAGAGGGUGAAACAGGUGACGAGGAAGCUGCAGAAGAAGGGACAUCAGAAAAUGGAGAGGAGGAGGAAGAGGAGGAGGAGGAGGAGGAGGAGGAGGAGGAGGAGGAGGAAGAAUGCCAGUGCUGUUGUGCCAGAAAUGAGGAGGAGAGUGAUAAAGCAGAAGAGGGAGAGGAAGGAGAGGGGGGGGCGAUUCCAACUGUCUGUGUGACUGAGGGAGAGGAAGCCGACGCAGAAGACUCAAACACUGACAGCAAACGUCCAAGUGACACCAGUGCGGACGAAUCAGGACACGAAGGGGCUGGAGCCACAGGAGAUGAGGAGGAGAAAGAGGGUGGAGGCAAUGGAGAUGAAGAGGAGGCUGUGGAAGAUGCUGCCGAGGAAUUUAAGCCCGAGGAAGAGGAGGGAGAAGAGAUUGGAGGCAAUUGGGAGGAUGGCGCUCUGCACCAUCAGGUCACCAGGACCUCAAUGGAGUCCCAACCUGGCUCCAUGGAAGACAUUGGCAGGGAUUCACCUCAGAAUCCUGUUAACGCCAUAGAAGUGCCCAAAAAGGCUGCAGAUGGAUCCACUGGUGGUGUGUGCCAGAGGAGGAACCGGUCGCCAGCCAGGGCCAAACGACGCAAACCCAAAGAGAGCGACGUUGCAUAG